AUGGGUAGCCACAAUCAGAGCAUUUCCAGAAAAUGGAAGCAGCUGAGCGGGCAGGAUGAGUGGAAGGACAUACUGGACCCGCUCGACAUCGAUCUCCGGCGAUACGUCAUCCACUACGGUGAAAUGGCUCAGGCGACAUACGACUCCUUCAACUCAGAGAAGGCGUCCAAGUAUGCCGGAAGCAGCCGAUACGCGAGGUCGGAUUUCUUCUCCAAGGUCGGUUUGGAGAAGGGCAAUCCAUACAAGUACGAGGUGACCAAGUUCCUCUAUGCUACAUCCUCAGUGGACGUACCAGAUGCUUUCAUCAUGAAGUCUUGGUCAAGGGAAGCAUGGUGCAAGGAAUCCAAUUGGAUAGGUUACGUUGCUGUGGCAACUGAUGAAGGGAAGGAAGUUUUGGGAAGGAGAGACAUAGUGGUUGCAUGGAGGGGAACUGUGCAGACUUUGGAAUGGGGCAACGACUUGAACUUCAUCUUGGUUUCUGCUGAUCCCAUAUUUGGACCGGAUCUGGGUCCUGGAGAUGCUUUGGUACAUCAAGGCUGGUACUCCUUGUAUACUUCUGAUGAUCCACGCUCCCCUUUCAAUAAGUCCAGUGCAAGAGCCCAGGUAUUGGGUGAGGUGGGAAGAUUAGUGGAAAAAUUCAAGGACGAAGAGAUUAGUAUAACUAUAACAGGUCACAGCUUGGGGGCAGCACUUGCCACACUAAACGCAGCAGAUAUAGUUGCCAAUGGAGCAAACAAUGCCUGCCUAGUGACAGCCUUCGCCUUCGGAAGCCCUCGUGUUGGAGAUGCCAACUUCCAGAAGUUGUGCUCUGGAUUAGAUAACCUCCGAGUGUUGCGCAUGCACAACUACCCUGACAUUGUCCCAAACUACCCACUUGUGGGCUACUUUGAUGUUGGGAAGGAAUUAUUGAUCAACACUCUUAAGUCUAAUUACUUGAAGAGUCCUGGAAAUUUUUCAAAUUGGCAUAGCUUAGAGGCCUACAUGCAUGGCGUGGCUGGUACACAAGGGGCAACAGCAGAGUUCAAGCUGGAAAUUGAUCUUGAUAUUUCAUUAUUAAACAAGUCCAAGGAUGCGUUGAAGGAUGAAUAUCUUGUGCCUGUUUCAUGGUGGGUUGAGAAGAACAAGGGAAUGGUUCAAAUUGAUAAUGGUUCUUGGAAGUUAAUGGACCAUCAGGGAGACACUGAUUUCAGGUUUUGAUUUUUACAUAAGAUUUAAAUAAUCAGGCCAAAAGGUUCUGUGGGUGCAAGGUCUAUUCCCCCUUCUCACAAUAGGGUCUGAAGUGACCAACCCUCCCCCCAUUUGAAAAACUGUAAUCUCACCUCUCUUAUGUGUCUAUGCAUGAAAACCUUCCCCAAAAUAAUAAAAAUUCAAAAAUUCCUUUUACCAAA